AUGCACAGAAGCGCCAGUCUAUCAGGCCUCCCAACAGAACUGCGCCUCUCAAUCUGGCAAUUCGCCCUCCAGGAUUCCGAAUGCCAUAUUCGACGCGGGCGGUCAGAGAAGAAACCCACUCGCAGCAUCUGGGCUCUCCUUCAUGUCAACCAGCAAAUCCGAGCAGAAGUACUACCCAUGUUCUUUCCCAUGGUCACGAUUCAUUUGCGAGAGGACUUGACGGAGAGGGAUCUCGAGACUUGGCUGGAUGUUAUUGGUCCGAGAGCUGUGUGUGAGAUGAAGAAGACGCAUUUGUAUUCGAGGAGGAUGUGUGCUGGUUCGAGACCUGAUGAGACAUACAACUGCCACAGACAAGCAUUCUACUACACCGAAUUGCGAGAAUCACAAAUUGCAGACAUGGUCGUGCUACAAGGCUAUCGACCUACAAUGUUCUUCCGUCUUCUACCGGAUAUUUGCUCACGAGGACAUCUCUCUUGCUUUCGAAAGACUGUCAAGCAGCUGGAAUUAUCUGGAAGUGAGGACUGGUACAUGGCCAAGGACGAAACUUUGAGUAAAGAUCGGUUGAUGAAACUCUGGCGAGCACUGAAUAUUGAUCAUCGGGCUGGAUGA